UUUCGUUGACUCUUGCUGCGCACAGUGUGUUCCGGCGUGUGUUAAAAUGUGCUGUAUGAUUAAUUAAAUAUCCCACCGAACGCGGAUUACUCGAAGAUCGACGAGGGUCCUGCUGUGAGACAGGUGCGCAGCGUCGAUAAACACGCGAUGGAGAGAAGAAAGUGAUCCGAAAAAUCGCAACGGAAGCCUCCGUGGUACGUCCUCGAGAGUGAUGGAGACUUUCCUCGGGGUCUGCAUCGCUGUAGACGGCGCGUAGAGUCAGGAUCGCACGACGAACAUCGAGCACGAGGUGUUCCAAGAUGGGCAAGUGUUGCAGCAAGCGGCAAGAGCCGCAACCCCUUGGUUAUAAGAAAGCAGACACAGGACUGAGCUCGAAGCACAGCAAUGGAGGUUCUUUGGAUCGGUACACCGCCGACCCGAAUCAAAGGGGUGUACAAGCGAGGGCGGACAUCAUUCGACCGAGGCCCACACCUUGUAAGCUACAGAUUCCGCAUCAACCCCGUAAAACAAGCUCGCCUGUCGUUAUGCCUGCAUCUCACUCGCAAAGGUCCAACAAGAUCGUGGUGGCACUUUACAAUUACACCGCGCGCGAAAGCACGGACGUCAGUUUCGUGAAGGGCGACCGAAUGGAGGUAUUGGACGACACGGAGCCCGACUGGUGGAAAGUUUUGCACUUGACGACUUUACAAGAGGGUCUCAUUCCUUGGAACUUCGUGGCCGUCGAGCGUUCGGUCGAGAGCGAAGAUUGGUUCUUCGAGAACGUCUCGCGCAAGGAGGCCGGCAAGCUGCUCCUGGUGGACGAGAAUCCCCGAGGAACGUUUCUGGUCAGACCCAGCGAGCACAAUCCCAGAGGCUACAGCUUGUCCGUGAAGGACUGGGAGGAGGGCAGGGGCCAUCACGUGAAACAUUAUAAAAUUAAACCGCUCGACAAUGGAGGCUUCUUUAUCGCCACCAGCCAGAAGUUCCCCACCUUGCAGGCCCUUGUCAUGGCGUACAGCAAGAACGCGUUGGGUCUCUGUCACGUGCUGUCGAAACCGUGCCCCAAGCCGCAGCCGGACAUGUGGGACCUGGGACCCGAGUUGCGCGACAAAUGGGAGAUCAACAGGAACGAGAUACAGCUGAUACGGAAGCUGGGUCACGGUAACUUCGGCGAGGUUUACUACGGUAAAUGGCGGAACAAGAUCGAGGUGGCGGUGAAGACUCUUCGACCGGGGACCAUGUCGACGGAGGCGUUCCUUCAGGAGGCAGCUAUCAUGAAGCAAUUCCGGCACAGACACCUGGUGGCGUUGUACGCCAUCUGUUCGAAGGAGGAACCGAUCUACAUCGUGCAGGAGUACAUGUGCAACGGUAGCUUGUUGGACUUCCUGAGGACGGGCGACGGGAAAUACAUGCAAUUCGAGGAUCUGAUUUACAUCGCCGGACAGGUGGCUUCCGGCAUGGAGCACCUAGAGAGCAAGCAACUGAUACACAGAGACUUGGCCGCGAGGAACGUUCUCAUCGGCGAGAAGAACAAGGCGAAGAUCUGCGAUUUCGGUCUCGCCAGGGCGAUCGAGGACGACGAGUACUGUCCGAAACAGGGAAGCAGAUUCCCGGUCAGGUGGACGGCCCCCGAGGCCAUCGUUUACGGCAGAUUCAGCAUCAAGAGCGACGUGUGGUCCUACGGUAUCUUGCUAAUGGAGCUCUUCACUUAUGGCCAAGUUCCUUAUCCCGGUAUGCAGGGCCGUGAAGCUAUAGAACAGAUAAACAAAGGCUACCGAAUGCCGAAACCAUUGAAUCACCCGCUGCCGGACAGCAUUUACCGAUUGAUGUUGCAAUGCUGGGACGCCAGCCCCGAGAAGCGACCCACGUUCGAGUUCCUGAAUCACUAUUUCGAGUCGUUCAAUGUGACGAGCGAAAUACCGUAUCUGGAACCGCCAACGGACUGAUACACAGCUCAUAUGCAGAGUCACCUGGUGCCGCACGGUCAUUUUCACCCAGCGCACAUCAAUUGUGCCAUGGAGUUUUAUGGUAUUUAUUGCUAAAGCUCUCCGGCCAGAUCAACCCGGGGAGACGUUGUCGCCAUUCUUUUCGCACAUCGCAGAUAAUCUGAGCGAAGAGCGAAUUCCAAACCGAAAAAUUACAAAAAAAAAAAUAGAGGAAAGAGAAAGAGAGAACCGAUCCAGAACAAAAAUUACAAAAAAAAAUAAAAAGAAACGAGUUAACAUUUCGUGAGCAACACGGUGGCAAGAAUUCUGUAAACGUUACCAGACUUCUCGAAGCAAUCGUUGUUAAACGCUGCCAAAAAAUUUCUACGACGAUCGCGUGUAUACCGACAAGUGUUCUUUUCGUUCGUAAAUUUUUCUUAAAUCCGGCGUCGUGAUCGACGCAAGCAUCUCAAGAACAAUGAUCUUGUGUGCCAUGAAACUUUAUAAAGAGAGGGAGAGAGAGAGAGAGAGAGAAAGAGAGAGAGAGAAAAAAAGAGAAAUUAUUAAGUCAUGUUGAUGCUCGUAUAGGGCGUAUACAAGGCUCUUGAAACUUUGUGACCAAUCGUGAAUAACUGCCGACUAAUACUGAGUCAGACGACUGAUAAUAAGAUUAUAGAAUCUCUAUCCGUUACGUAUCCAGUAUCUAUUAAGGUUUAAACGAAAUCGUUCGUCGUUCGAGCUAUUUAAUAAGCAUUUUCAUAAUUCGGAGAGUAUAAUAAUUGACGAAGUUGGUAUUGAUAAUCUUACAAAAGUGUUUAGAGGUUAGAACGGAACGAGUCGAGAACUAAAUGUAGAGUUUUAAAUGGUAGAAGAUGUAACCGAUUUAUAUUAGUCCGUCAAUGUACGAUCGCAGCGCAGAAAAGGGAAGCAUUCGCGCCAUUUUGUGUAAUCCGCGCGAUUACUUCUCAUUGAUCUCGAAUCGGUCGCGACUGAUUUUUCCUACGAUCCAAAAUUCCAUUUUUGGAUGCAGUCCUUGUAAAUCCGGGAGCACCGUUUGUGCAUCGAUGUACGAACGGUUUAUCGAGUGCACAAAUCUGCGAUAGGACACAAUGACGUUCUACGAUAUAUGUAAACUAGGAGCGAAACGAGUUCUCGUUUCAUUUCGAACGACUGUUCGCGUAGAACAAUAUUUUAUACCAGAGAUUAAUACGUUUUAUACGUAGACAAAGAAACUCUUUUCGAUGUACUUUUGUUUUGUGAACAAACGCGUUCCAAAUACACAAUUCGAAAGCACACGAUCGUUUCUGUAAUAUACAUAUUAUUAUUUUUUACUGUGAUUGCGCCCCUCAAAAGAAAACUGAGAAAACUGUCGUGCUCUGCGACGUCGGUAAUACGCCUCCAUAUCGAUCGAUUUCAACAUCGCGUUUCCCUGAAUUUCCGUUUUUAAAUUCGGUGGAAUUAAAAUACAAAGAAGUUACUUGAUACGAAACAAACGUUAACAGAAAUGCGAGACUGUUUUGUGGAAAAUAUUCUACGCGUUAAUAUAUAAUUUAUUUAUUCAAUAAGCCCCAUUAGUGUACAGAGUAGUAGAACAUGAUGAUCGAAAUAAGGUUAUGAAGGUAAUUUUAACGUGAAUUGGGCAAACAAUGUAAGGAUGGACACAUUGCAUCAUUCAAAAACUGUAUAUUUAAACUUUUUUAAUAUUUUGUCCUUAAGUUGGUUACCCAGUUCUCAUUAUAAUUACCUUUGUAACCUUAUUUUGAUUAUCAUGUUCUAUUACUUUGUCCACUAAUGGGGCUUCCCAUUUAUUGAAUAAAUAAAUAAAUAAUGUUAAAAGUUUAUAUACAUGUACGUCCGACAAUGUUCAAUUGGGUUUGUGCUUUUACCAUAGAAUAACCUCCAAAUUUCUUAAAAUUUUUUAUCGAGAUCAUAGACAAACAUAUGCAAAAGGAAUGUUGUAAAUCAAAAAUAAAAAUUUCCUAACGUGUUGUACUACACUCUGUAAGCAAUUGCUUUUUUCGUGGCUUUUAAAAGUGUAUAUAUUUUUACUUGAAUCGUAAUCAAACAUUUCUGUGGCGCCUAAUGGCAAACCAACUGAUGUAUGUAAACCGGGUUUAUCGUUCUGUAAGCGUUCUUCUACUUCGAAAAUUGUUUCUAUUUAGAAAACAAAAGUUUAACGGACGUACAAGUGAGAGUGAACUUCUUUCAUUAUUUCGAUAUGUAGUAUCGAUUCUUAAAGAAUAUAUCGCGUAUUUGUUAACGCUUUGUAAGAAGUACGUUUUCGUGUCGCGGCAAGAAGCGACACCUUUUUCGAUGUUUAUGAGAACCUAGAGAGAAAAAAAGAAACUAGAAAUACUACUUGAGAUAAAAAGAUUAAAUCAUCGAUGUUGCUCGUACAAAGUGUCUGAAAAAUUGUAAAUUUUCUACUAAACAUACAAAAAAGAUAGGUUAGGGUAGAGUUUAGACGGUAGACCCGUGAAGUAGGUGUAAAA